AUGAGUAGUCCAAUACCACACAAGAGGGUAACCACAGACCCGAAUCCAAUCACGGAUUCCAGUCCGGCCGAUGAAUGGAUUCUCGAAUUGCAACAAAUAUCCAGCCAUGUGAAUGAACGUUUCUUAGAUCUUGCAAGAAUUGAUUACGCUCUCGAAGAUGCCCUCAAGGUACAUAGGAGAAGGAUUUUGUUAAACACUGUCCAAUUCCAAAAGGACUAUCCAACUGCUUCUCGUCUUCUACUACAAGAUUUCAACAAAGCGAUGGAGGAAAAUGAUGUUGUCGAUGUGGUACAAAAGCAACACCGAAAACUAAAAGAUCUUUACGAUGAUGCUCAGAAAAAAUACACAGAUAUGAGCAAGGCUUUUGAUAAUAUCUACCCAGACUUCGAACGUAAAACCAACAACUAUUAUAACGCCAGGCAUACCUAUUUUCCUCUUACCGAUACCGAAAGAGCAUCUGCCUUCUUCGCAAAUCGUUCAAUCCAGGAGGUCAACGAGGUACUACAUACUAACAGAGACUUUAGAAGAUUCAAGCUCGUUACAUGCGAGAAGAGCUUUCCCAGAACUGUACUUCCUCGCGCAUAUAGAGCUCUAUUUGAAGGAUUGACAUAUCCCGACAACCCAGGCUCCACCUCAUAUGAUGCUGAAGAAGUCAUGGAAAGAAUGAUCAAUCCAAGAAUGAGAUCGCCGUAUGAUCGUUUUCGUAAUGUCCUAGCCACUGUCUGGGUUCAACAUCCGAAGAGUGACAAGUACGAACCAUUACCAAAUCGACUGGUUUUCCAAGGUGCUUGUACGCUGGAGCGCGAUGAAUUGUUGAAGAAAUCGUUGGUCUAUGUAGAAUGGUCAGACGAGAGAACCGGAUUAUGUUCAUAUCACUAG